GUGUCAAUCUGGACAACCAAUCAAAAUGCUCCCUCAACCCAGUAAAUAUCUGUUGGCUUUCAUGUUGGACACUGAUUUUGAUAUACUGUCUUUCUAAUUGCACUGCAUGUGGAAUCACAAGAAUGACGAGCUACACAGAUAAAGGCGAGAAACAUGCAAGAGGAAGAUUUGUCCGCUUUCAUCACCUUACCUUCUGGGUGGGAAAUGCCAAACAGUCAGCGUCCUUCUACUGUGAUAAGAUGGGCUUCGAGCACUAUGCGUAUAAAGGGCUGGAGACAGGCAGCCGCGAGGUGGUGUCCCAUGUGAUCAAGCAAGAUAAGAUUCUAUUUGCAUUUGAAUCUGCAUUGAAUCCAGGAAACGAAGUAAUGGGAAGGCAUCUGAUGAAACAUGGAGAUGGAGUCAAAGACAUUGCUUUCCAGGUGGAAGACUGUGACUUUCUGAUCAAGACAGCCAGGGAGAGGGGGGCAGUAGUCGUCAAGGAGCCCUGGGUGGAGGAGGACAGCAAUGGCAAAGUCAAGUAUGCUGUGGUGCAGACGUAUGGCGACACAACGCAUACACUCAUCGAGUACCUGGGCCCAUACAAGGGCCUGUUUUUACCGGGCUUCAAAGAGCCACUGUUCAGCGAUGUCCUGCUACCCACACUUCCCGCAGCAGGACUCUGCUUUAUUGAUCACAUUGUGGGAAACCAGCCCAACGACGAGAUGGGGCCAGUUACAGACUGGUAUCAGAAGUGUUUGAUGUUCCACCGCUUCUGGUCGAUCGACGACAAGCAGAUCCACACAGACUACAGCUCACUGCGCUCCAUCGUGGUCACCAACUACGAGGAGACCAUCAAGAUGCCCAUCAACGAGCCCGCGCCCGGCAUUAGGAAGUCCCAGAUCCAGGAAUACGUGGACUACAACGGGGGACCGGGCGUGCAGCACAUCGCCCUCAACAGCUCCGACAUCAUCCAGUCCAUAGUAAACCUCCGAGCCCGCGGGAUGGAGUUCCUCUGUGCCCCCGAUGCCUACUACGUGGGGCUGCGGAAGAACCUGAAGAACGCCAAGAUCCGGGUGAAGGAAGACCUGGACCGGUUACAGGAGCUGAAGAUCCUGGUGGAUUUCGACGACAAGGGCUACCUCCUCCAGAUCUUCACCAAACCCGUCCAGGACCGGCCCACGCUGUUCCUGGAGGUCAUCCAGCGGCACAACCACUUUGGCUUCGGGGCAGGAAACUUCAAGUCUCUGUUCGAGGCCAUUGAGAAGGACCAGGAUGCUCGGGGAAACCUCAUAGCAGAAGGCCAGCCAGAGGCUUUCUACUGAUCCCACCCCCCCCCCCCCCCCCCCCCCUCGUCCCACAACAAUGGAAGGAAACUUUCCCCCUUGUCAUUAGAAACCGAAAAUGAAUGUCAUUUUACAUUAUAUCGAUUCUAGCUUUCCCACCACCACUACAAUUAGCUAAAAGUGCGGCAAGAUGUCAGUGAUCAAUGGAGGGGGUACGUGAGUGUGUCCCCCUGAUACAGUUUGGUGAAAUGUGUCUGUAAUCAUGGCUGGAGGGAAGAUGGUGGAGACUUAAAGAGGGCUGGAGUCUGACGUCGAUGCGACGGUGUUGCGGUAGACGCCGCCACGAUAGAUUAAAA